AUGGUACCUCCUAUUGGACAAGCCUACCCUAAGCUGGAAAAAACUAGAGAAAAACACCAGGAGCAAGGGACAGUGGUUGGCUCUGUCCUGCAGUACCGGACCCGGUGCCGGGAGCUGGAGCAGCAGCUGGAAGCAGGAGAGGUGAGUCUUAAGGGAUCCCUUCCAGGCAGAUGGGAAGCCACAGCAGACCACAGCCUGGAGAGUGCACUGCUUCAGCAGAGGUGUGAGAAUCUGGCAGAGGAGAACACUGUCCUGCGGGAGCACCUCGAUAAAGCAAAUGAGAUUAAUUCAGCCCUCAAAGAAGAUGUUGGAAAACUGAUGGCAGAUUGGAUGAGGGCCCGGGAUGAGCUGGAGAUGAAGGAGAGUGAAUGGCGCAGUGACCGUGAGGUGGGGACAGGCUGUGGGAAUGUCAGAGACUUGUCAGAGCUGAAGGCAGAGCAGAUGAGGCUUUCUGGAUCCAUCCUGGUGAACUGCUCCCAUCUGAGCUCCACCGUGCAGCUCUGGGAGUCUGUCACUGUGGGCAGAUCUGCCCUGAGGAACCAGGCGCAGCAGCAACUGGAACAAGAAACCAACGGGAGGAGUCAGGAAAUGAUGUACCUGCAAGCCAAGGGGGACCUGGAGAGGAAGGAGCUUCAAGACAGGGUGCUGGAGCUCUCAUCCCUGCUUGUACAGUCUCAGAAGCAGAAUGAGGAGAAGGAGAAGACCAUCAGAACACUGAAUGACACUGUGGAGAUUCUGGAAGCAAGUCAGUUAGAGAAAGAAUAUGAAGCUUCAUUGACUAAAAGUGCCAAAGAAGAGAAUCUCUCCCUCCUAAAGCUGAUGAAGGAUAUAACUGAGGUGGUGUUGGAUGACAAUGACAGUGUGGUCAGCAUUACCUGCACUGACAGUUCCCAGCACGCAGAGUCCAGCAACCUCCUCUCCUGCCUGAGCUCCUUUGAUGCAGAGCACACCUUUAUGUUGGUUCAGGAAGCGCUGGCAAGGAGGCACAGAGCAGCACAGGCCCUAAAGGAAGAGCUUUCUGCCAGGCAGGACUCCGUCAACUUCCUGCAGCACCAACACAGAGAGCAGGAGGAGAAGUGCAGGAAGCUGCAGCAAAGGCUCGAGCAACUGGAGGAGGAAUGCAAGACAUCCAGCAGCCACCAGCAGCACCUCCAGUCUCUGGUAGAAGCACUCAGGGGUGACUGUGCCACCCUGGAGAAAACCCGGGAUGAGCUCCAGCAGCAGCUGGAAGUGAGGGAGCAGGAAGCCUCCCGGCUGCGUCACAGCAACACGGAGCUGCAGCUGAAGGAAGAUGUGGCUCAGGGGGAAAGGGAGGAGCAGCAAGAGAUGAUGGAGAGAGCACAUCGUGACCAGGAGCUCCUGCUGAAGGACUUGGCUGCACUUGAAGAAAAACAUUCAUUGUUACAGAGUGAGUUGGUAAUGGCAAGAGAGACAGUGGAGGAAUUGCAGCUUCAGAGGGAUCUGCUGAAGCAAGAGAAGGAUGAGCUCACCACAGCACUGGAGAAGGCAGAGCAAUCGGUAGCAGAGUUGACAGGGGCUCAGAACAAGCUGAGUGCUGAAGUAGCUGAUCUGCAAGUUGCCACGGUGAAGAUGAGCAGUAUCAAUGAAGCUCUUGCACUGGAUAAAGUGGAACUGAACAAACUUGUGCUGCAGCUGGAGCAAGAGAAUGAAGCUCUGUCACGUAAAGUGGAGGAGAUGGAGAGAGCAAAGCUCUCUGGCCAGGAGAAGCUGAACAUUUGUGCAAGAACAAAUGAAGAGCUCUGUGCAGAGAAAGCCCACCUGGAGCAGCUAUUGAAAAAAGCAGAGGAGCAACAGGAGGGGCUGCGGGGACAGCUGACCAUGCUGGCAGAGGAGAAGCAAGAAACUCAAGAGAAACUCAGUCAGGUUUCCCACCAGCAGGAGCUGGCUAGCAGUGGCCUGGAGCAGCUGCUCCAGGAGUCCUCUCGCCAGGGGCAGGCCCUGGCCAAGGUGUCCAAGGAGAAGGAGUUGCUGGUGCAUGAGAAGGCAGCCCUGGAGGUGCGACUGGCAGCCCUGGAGCGGGACAGACAGAGCCUUUCUGAGCAGCUGGCACAGAGCAGAUCAGGGAAGGAGAGCCUGGAAUCCAGCCUGUUUGAGACUCAGCAGCACUUGUCUCAGCUGGAGAUCACCAGGAGCCAGCUUGAAAUCCAGCUCCACACAGUCACACAGGCCAAGGAGGUGAUACAAGGGGAGGUGAAGUGCCUUCAGCAUGAGCUGGAAGCAGAGAGAUCUCUUAUGAAGCAGGAGCGGGAAAACAUGGCUCAGCAGCUGCUGCAGGCAGAGCAGCAGCAUGACAGCAACCUCCAGCUUCAGAAGACUGAUCACCAGCUGGAAAUAAAGAAGCUUCUGCAAGACCUGGCAAGCGAGCGGGAAAGGCACCACUCAGAGCUGCAGGAGAUGCUGGAGCAGUGGGAGGAAGAGAAGGCAAAGACAGAAGAGAAGCAUGAGAAGAAGCUGCUUGACAUGAAGGAGGAAGUUGCUACCAUGCAAGCUCAACAAGAAGAGGAACAAACCAGAUUGGAAAAUGCCAAGCAAGAGGCCCUGCUAGAAAAGGAGUGUGAGAAGAAUGCUUUAUUGGAGACACUUCUGCAGACUGAGACAGAGCUGAGAGAAGCCCACCAGCAGCUGGAACAGCUCAGGCAGGAGAUGGGAGAGCAGCAAGAGAGUGGGCAGAACACGGCAGAAAAGCUGCAAGCAGAGCUGCAAGAAACUCGGAGUGAACUCAAGGCCAUGGAGCAGAGGCACGAGGAGGAAAUCAAAACCAUCAAAGAGGAAAUUAAUAUUCUGCUUCAGCAGAGGGAUGCUCUGCAAAAACAGGUGGAAGAGUUGACAUCUCAGCUCACAGCCUCUGAAGAGUCCCAGCAAGUGAUCAGCUGCAAAGCUCAGCAAGAGCUGAGUGAGGCACAGGAACUGUCAAGGCAGAAGGUGCUGGAGGUUGAGCAUCUUCAGAAGAUCUUAGAGAAGAAGAGGAGUCAAUGGGAGGAGGUAGAACAUCAGAACAAGGAGCUGCAAGUGUGUCUGCAGACCUUGGAGGGGGAAAGGAGCCGAUGGGAAGAAGUGGAACGUUGCAACACGGAAUGUCAGGCUUCCUUGAAGGUCCUGGAGAGUGAAAAAGCCAGACUGACUGUGUCUUUGGAAGAGAAGGAACUGAGCCUCAGAGCCCUGGAGGAAAACAACCUUGCCCAGCACAAGGAGGUAUCUCAGCUGCUUUCUGCUGUUCACCAGGCCCAGCAGCUCCAUUCAGACCACAGAAGAGAAAUACAAGAGCUCAACAACCAGGUCCAGUCUCUGCAGGAAUUAGUGCUGGAGAAGGAAGCUGCCCUGGCCAGGCAGGAGAAGCAGCUGCUGCAGGACCUGGAGCAGUCCCGGGCAGGAGAGCAGAGAUUGAGGGACUCUCUGCAGGUGCUGGAGGCCGAGAUGGCCGAGGUGCGGCUGCGGCUGCGGGGCGCGCAGAGCAGAGCGGAGGCUCUGGCCACCGAGUGCCAGCAGGCACAGGCUGCCCGCUGGGGAGCCCGGGCCCCGCUGGACAAACUGCACCUGCCUCUUCUCAGCUUCAUCUGCAAGAGCAGGGACUUGGUCACUUGGAGUUCAGAACAGGCCCAUGUCUGGAAGAGCUUCACGGUUUCUCAGACUGGGGACCUCCCUGCAGAGCUCACAGUGGACAGUGUGGCAGCAGCUCUGCAAGAUGUGUGUCACCACCUGAAGCAGACUCAGCAAGACCUGAAUGAUGAAAGGAAGAAGAUGGAGGACUUGGAGCUGGAGCUGAGCAAGAGGCAAGCUGAGUUGGACCACUUCAGUGCCCUCAAUCAAGCACUGCAGAAACAGUUAGCCCAAAGCCAGGAAGAGACACAGAUGGCAGAAGGCAAGAAGAACUCUCUGCAAACUGCCCUGCAGGAAGAGGCUGCUGCUCUGAAGAAGGAGACUGUGACUCUGCAUCAAGAGGUGGCAUCUUUGGAGAGGAAACUCAAGAGCACUGAGAAGCAAAGAGAAGAUUUCCUGCAUGAACGGGACAGCCUGCAAGCACUUAAAGAAGAGCUGGUACAGGAGAUGAAAGUUCUUCAGGACUCAGUCACAGCCUCUGAAACCCGAGCAAAUAAAGCAACAGAGAUGAAUCAAUCCCUUGAACAAGAGCUCCAAACUGCACUGUCUAUCUUAAAAAUAAAAAAUGAAGAAGUGGAAACACAGUGGGAGAAGAUCCAGAUGCUGCAGAAAGAGGCAGCAGAGGUGAAAGCUUUGCAGGAGAAUCUCAGUCGUGUGACUGCCCUCCUGUCAGAGAGGGAGGGAGAAGUGAAGUUAUGUCAGGAACAGAUGAGAAUGAUGGAAAAGCAGAAUGAAAUGCAUCAAACUACUCUUGAUCAGGUUACUAAGGAAUUAACGGAGAAAAAAAAGAAGGCAGAAUCCCAGCAGGAGCAGAUAUGGGAGCUGGAGAAACAGCAACAAAAACAGGAGAUUGCUGUAAGCAAAAUGAGCAAAGACCUGAAAGAGCGAGACCAGGACAUCAGAUCCCACAAAGAACAGGUACAGGAGCUGGAGAGGCAGCUGCAAUUGCAGAGGACUGUUGUCAGCAAAGUGAGCAAGGAGCUGGGAGAGAGAGACCAGGAGAUCAGAUCCCACCAAGAACAGGUACAGGUGCUGGAGCAGCAGCUGGAAUUGCAGAGGACUGCUGUCAGCAAAGUGAGCAAGGAGCUGGGAGAGAGAGACCAGGAGAUCAGAUCCCACCAAGAACAGGUACAGGUGCUGGAGCAGCAGCUGGAAUUGCAGAGGACUGCUGUCCGCAAAGUGAGCAAGGAGCUGGGAGAGAGAGACCAGGAGAUCAGAUCCCACCAAGAACAGGUACAGGUGCUGGAGCAGCAGCUGGAAUUGCAGAGGACUGCUGUCCGCAAAGUGAGCAAGGAGCUGGGAGAGAGAGACCAGGAGAUCAGAUCCCACCAAGAACAGGUACAGGUGCUGGAGCAGCAGCUGGAAUUGCAGAGGACUGCUGUCCGCAAAGUGAGCAAGGAGCUGGAGGAGAAGGACCAGGAGAUCAAAUUCCAGGAGGGGAAAAUAAUGAUUCUAGAACAACACGGUGCAUCACAAGUGAGAAAUCUGCUCAUGGAUCUUGACCAUAUGAAAGAAAAUGUGAAGGAGAAAAAUAUAGAACUUAUGUCCCUGACUCAGCAGAUCCACAAACUGGAAAAGGAGAGAGAACAGGUGACAUCUCUGCACACAAGCCUUGAACACCUGAGGGCAGCUCUUAAGGACAGAGAGAGUGAGUGUGAUUCCCAAAGGGAUCAGUUAAGACUCUUGCAGCAGUACAAGGAAGAGCAAGAGGGGCACCUGCAAGAGCUUCAGAGUAAAUUAGAAGAGAUGACACUUUCUUUGUCUGAAAAAGAUCAAGAGCUUGAGUCACAACAAAAGCAAAUCCAGGCAGCUGAAGCUGUGGAAAUGCAGUUAAGGACUGUGCGUGAGCAGCUGGAGCAGACCUUAGAAACCUUAAAAGAGAAGGACAGACUGAUAGACACCCAAAAGCAACAAACCAGGAGCUAUGAGGAAAAAACAGAAGAACGAAUUCACGUCUUACAUAGACACUUGGAAUACACUACAGCACUGCUGAAAGAAAAGGAUGACACCAUUGAAUCCCAGAAGGAAAUGAUGGAGACCUUCCAAAAACAAGCACAAGCCUCUGAACAGCAGAAGGAAGUUCUGCAGCAUCUUCAAGGGGCGCUGAAGGAAAAGGAGCAAGAAGUGUUAUCCCUCCAAAAGCAAUGUGAGGCAUGCAAGGAAAAGGAGGAAAAACAUGAAGCUGAGCAAGCAAAUCUUCAAGUGACAAAGCUGACUCUGAAAGAAAGAGAAGAAAAGGUGGAGGUUCUGGAGAAGGCUGUCUCUAAGCUUCAAGAGCAGAAGGAGGAGGCAGCCAUGCAGACUAAAGCCAUUCUACAGAAACUAGAAUAUGCUGAAUCUUGUCUCAAGGCCCGAGAUCAGGAGAUAGUGUCUUUGCAAGAGCACAUGCAGGACCUUCAAGAGCAGAAGGAGCUGGAAGGCAAGCAGGCCAAGAGUCUACAGCAGGACCUAGACAAAAUGAGCCAACUAGUGAAGAACCACCGUCAGGAGCUCCUUAGGCAUGCAGAGCAAGUGAACGUGCUUCAGCUUCGUGAAGAAACCGUGAAAGCAGCACUAACAUCAUGCCAGAAGCAAGUGAGUGUGCUUGAGGAAGUGGUGAGGAAGAGAGAGGAAGACAGUGAAAGUCUGAUGCAGAAACUCCAGUGCCAAGAAGAAGAACUGAAGACCUUGCAGAAUCUCCAGCUUAGGCUGACCAAGACAAGGGAAGAGGUUAGGAACCACAGAGAGCAGGAGAAGCUCCUGGUAGAAGCCUUGGCUGGGAAGGAACAAGAGACCAAAGCUCCAGGUGAGCCACAGGAGUCAGAAGAGGAAAUCCGAGGUCUUUGGGAGGAUCUCCAGCACGUUCGGCAAACCCUAACAAAGAAAGAUGAGGAGAUCAAGCACCAGAGGGACAGAGUCAGGUAUCUAGAGGAGACUCUGGCAGGGAGAGAGCAAGAGCUUCAGAGGCAGAGCGAGCUCCUGAAGCAAAUAACAUCAGCUUUGCAAUGGAAAGAUGACAGGGAAACCCUACAGAAACAAAUCCAGAAGCUCCAAAACUGGGAAGAAGAGGAAGCAGAGAAGAGGAGAGUUGUCCAGGAGAGAGACCAUCUCUUGCAAAGGCAGAAGGAGCUAACCCAGCAGCUGGAAAAGGAGCGGAAGGCACAGGGGGAAGAACUGGAGCGUGUGCUGGCUGUUCUGAAGAGGACUGAGAGUGGAGAAGUCGCCUGGAAAGAGAAGGCCCAGGCUCUGACUCUUGCCCUCAGCAACAGUGAAAUGGCCAACGGGACUCUGAGGGGAGAGGUGGCUGUCCUGCAGGGCAUGGUGUCAGAGAGGGACACGGACUCUCUGCACACCCAGCAGGCUGCUGCAGAAGGGGAGCAGCUAUCAUGGCUCUCUGAGAAGAAAGCCCUGUCACAGCAGUUGGAUUGUCUGCUGAGAGCAGUUGCAAGGCUGGAACUUGAGAAGGCUGAGCUGAAGCAACAGAAUGUGGAGCUCAGGAGGACACUUGAGCAGGUGGAGCGUGAACGGAGGAGGCUGAAGAGAUACUGCAGGUCACUGCCAGAUGCAGGUGGAUUUUCUCUCUCUGAGUCUGACCAGCACAAGAUACCUGCUUCUAGGCAGGAAGAGUCUCACAGUUACUGCAGUCGUCGGUUGGCCGAGUUACAGAAGCAGGUGUCCCUUCUGCAGACACAGCUGGCACAAGAACGAAAAUACAAGCAGGACUAUAUUGAGUGCUGUGCAAAGACCAACCAGGAGCUGUCAGACCUUCACCAAGAGCUGUCUUCCUCCUUAGCAGCUGUGGUCAGGGAGCCCAAAGCUGCUGUUCUAGAAGCAGAGACUCGGAAGCUGGAUCGGUCUCUGAACUUUAACUUGGCACUAAUAUCUCUGGACCAUCUGUCUCCGGACAGACAGCCAUGGCAUUCAACAGCCAGAUCCACCAGAAGUGAUGACCUGAGGUAA